AUGUCAGAAGGGCAACACGCACCCGAAUGGGAUAUAAAUGACGCGGUUAUCCCGAGAGUCACAAGCUUCGACACGUUUAAUGAGUGGUGUGAUGGACACGUUAGAAAGGUCUACCCUCCCACCUGCGAAGAAGCACGCAGACACGCCUCAGGGUGGGCAAUGCGGAAUACCAAUAAUCACAACGUGCACAUCCUCAAGAAGAGCUGUUUAGGAGUCCUAGUCUGCUCAACUAGAUGUCAACUAGCUGACGGUUCAAGAAUUCACCUACGACCUGCUAUUUGCGACAAAGCGCGGAAGAAACAGCAAGGAACCUUUACAUGUCAGUUCAAUGUCCAUUGCGUUCACCGUUGAAUCGUUUAAAUAAUUUUUCUCAAAUAGAAUAGAAGGCCUACUCUGUUUGUCCAAAAACAAAAUUUCGUCUAUAUUCAAAAGGCUAAUAUGACUUUAAAGAAAUCCUUUUCGAUAAUUUAUGAUACAAUAGAAGUAGGACCUUACACUGCCUCUGAUGCACAGAUAACCCUCAUGGAUAUCAUUUUAACAAAUUUUAAGAACGUUUCGGAAUUACCUGAAUUUUCGUUCGUGUACAAACAGAACAGGCCCUCUGAUCUUAUAGAAAAUCGUUUUAAUAACUACAAGAGUAUAAAAUCUUUCUUUCUUGUAGGAAAACCUUGCCCAAAUCGACUCUGCCACGGUGGCCGCCUUGAAGUCCAACAAUGUCGUGGUCACUGCGGAUACCCGGUUACACAUUUUUGGCGGCACACGGAACACGCAAUAUUCUUCCAAGCGAAAGGUGCGCACGACCACCCUCAGCCUGAAGCUAAAGGGGCCAGUGAAGUACGAAGAUCUAUAGGAGCUGGAAGAAGGAUUCGCGGGCUAGCGUUAAUAAUAUCAAGAGAGGACGCGAUGGCAGACAAAAUAAUGGGAGUCAAACCGGAAAAGCAAAUGGCGCAAAGGAUCUGCUCACCUCACCAGCAACCACCGCCGCUCAUACCCGACAGUCAGAGAGGUUUCAUGUGUGCCUGCCUUCCCUUCGAAUGCACCUGUAGAUGGCGUACAGACGAUCCUGGGGACGCCUAUAAUGCGCCGCCAUGGUCCCCGGAAGAACCGCAAAGUUACAGUGCCUACGCGCCACCUAUACACGCCGCCCUUGCGCAAAUAUCUCAACAGCAAUACGAACCCGCUGCAUUAGCAGCUGACGAUGUCUUCCAUCCUGAAGAAAUAUUCCAAUUAGAUCAACCGAUCCGCCUAGACUUCCCCAUGGAUGAAUCGGCGGUAGAAUCACCACAGAAUUUAGUGGAUCUUAACGACAACUCCAGACCCGAAGACGCGUAUUGGUUUGAAUGGCAACGGGCCGCCGGCGGCUCAGAAUCUAGUGAAGCUCCAUCGCCGGAGAUAUUCGGGAACGGCUACCAGCAAGCGGAGGCUUACUGCGAACAGCAGAACUAUCCACCCUAUUACUAUAACCCUGAAGAAGCACAGUAUUACCCUUUUGAAAAUAAUCGAAAUUUCCCUGUAAUAGACACUCAAGAACAGAGAUACGAAUACGAAGAAGAUUGUAUUGACGAUGCGCCAGUUUGGAAUUUUGUGGAUUGCGAAUUUCAGCCCAAUGAUAAUUCAGAAUGUAAACCAUAUAGUGAUGCCGUAAACCACCAUAUUAUAAACACAUUCAGUGAACUUUUAUAA